GUGAUCCGUCACCUCUUCCCCCACAUCCGGCUGCACUGGAACACGGAACUAGAAGUUGUUGUUAGCGACAAGAAGUAAAUAAGCCGUUUCAGACAGGUUUGGGUUCAGAUGUACGAGUAGCUUUUUAAUUACCUGGUCAGCAACUUCAACAAGGAAAGUAUCAUCCUGCAAAAUGAUGUCUGAAGGCAGUUCGUUUUUCAAAGGCUUGGUCCUCGGAGGAGUCUUCUGUCUGGUUUUGUCACUUUUGGGAACCUUUACGCCGACGAUACCCCUACACGGAGAAGAACACCAUGACCAUCAUCACCAUCUCAAACCCCUCAGCAAAGAGGAGAUGCAGAUGUUAAGCGAGACCGAGAAGUCUGAGCUCACACAGCAGGUGCGGGUGUAUUGUGUCAUUAUGGUGACGCCUAAGAACCUGGUGCACUGGGCGGCUGUAAAUGACACUUGGAGCAAACACUGCGAUAAGGCUGUUUACUACACCUCUGAAUCAGCCAAAGUAAUGGAUGCUAUUGAUCUGCAGGAAAAGGAUGAGUGGAUUAGGCUGCGUAAAGCAAUCAUACAUGCGUAUGAGCACGCAGAUGGACUCCGCUGGUUCUUUAUUGCUCGGCCUACGACCUUCAGCAUCAUUGAGAACCUUAAGUAUCUAGUUCUGGUUAAAGAUCCCAGUCAACCCUUUUACAUUGGACAUGUACAAAAGUCUGGUGAGCUGGAGUAUGUAGAGUACGACAGUGGCAUUGUGCUUAGCUAUGAGGCUGUGAAAAGACUCACUGAAGUUUUUAAAGACGAGGAAAAAUGCCCUGAGCAAGGCUAUAGCUUGUGGAAGAUGAGUGAAGAGAAACAGCUUGCUACGUGCCUGAAGUUUAGCGGUGUGUUUGCUGAAAAUGGAGAAGAUGCUCAUGGCAAGGGGCUGUUCAACAAGAAGAGUGUGUACACGCUUAUUUCUGACAGCAUGAGCCAGAACCCUGCCGACGUGGUGGAGGCGUGUUGCUCUGACAUGUCCAUCACAUACGGGGACAUGUCACCCAGCCAGAUGAAGUUAAUGAUGUAUGGAGUUUACAGGCUGAGGGCAUAUGGACACAACUUUCAUGACUCCUUAAUGUUUUUACCUCCAAAGAAUUCAGACAAUGAUUAAUCUACCAGACUCACACUACUGUUGCACCAAAAAAAGGUUGUAUAAUAGACAGUACUAAAGUUCACAGUGCCAGAGAAUAUUAAUGCACCACUUUAAACUGUUAGUUAAAAGAAAUGUAAGAAAAGGAAUUUUUGUUAAAUAAAGGUUAAUAAUGUUCCUAGUUAAAAUUAUUACAAUCAGGAUACACUCUGGAUACACUGAAGCCCUGACAAGGAUAAAGCGGUUACUGGUUAUAUGAUUGAAUUUUUUUAUAUAUAUAUUUCAAAAUGAAACUGUCCACAAGAUCAGCAACCUAAAGACAUGUUAAGAGCAUAAGAGCAUAUCAUGGGCUACACUUGAAAAGCCAGAAAUAAUCUUUUUGUGUUGCAUCUAAAGUUACGUUACUAUUUUACAGUAAAUAAUUGUGAGUGAAUGAAUGGAUAUUAAUGAAAGAAUUCUCUUAAUGAAAUACGAUAUACAGCAGUGAUUAACUUGGCUUUAUUGUUUCUUGCACUUCUUUAUAUUAGUAGGUGAAUCAGAAAGAGAAAUUUUGUUUUAGAUGAUAAAAUGCUGUUUUAGCACUGUUGAACCAGGGUUCUAAUGAAGGGUAAUGGCUUUCUUUUUGUGUUUAAAACUGUUUUUGUUUAUGUGAUUAUAGUUUGGUAAAGGUUUAUUCUAUAUGUAGGUAAAAAGAGCUGUGAAUUCAUAAGGCAUUCAUUUCUUUUCAUUCAAUUCAUCUGGAUUCACUUGAUCAGUUAAGUUGAGUUGUGGUGGUGAUGAAUAGAGUUAUAGA